GGUCGGCCAGCAAGGUCCUCCUGGACCCACCCUACUGAUUCAGCCCCCUGAUUUUUCUCUCUAUAAAGGAGAAAAGGGUGUAAAAGGAAUGCCUGGAAUGGCUGGACCUCCAGGAUCACCAGGACCCAAGGGAGAGCCAGGAAUUGGGGAAAAAGGAGAAAAGGGCAUUCCUGGGUUCCCGGGCCCUCGGGGCGACCCAGGCUCCUAUGGACCUCCAGGUUUUCCAGGAUUAAAGGGGGAAACGGGACUGUUUGGAGAUCCUGGACCAUUUGGAUUUCUUGGCCCAAAGGGGGAUCCCGGAGACCGUGGACACCCAGGACCGCCAGGUGUUCUGGCCACGCCACCUUUUCCGCUUAAAGGCCCUCGGGGAGAUCCCGGACUCCCUGGACACUAUGGAGAGAUGGGGGCUGCUGGAGCCCCUGGUCCCCCUGGAGCCCCGGGCAGACCAGGGAAAGCCUGUCCAGGCAUGAUGGGACACCCUGGGCCACGAGGACUUCCUGGUCAUCCUGGACUUCCAGGGGCAGCUGGUGUACCAGGAAGACCUGAUUCUGCUCCAGGAAAACCAGGGUACCCAGGACCACCUGGGUUGCCUGGACCACCAGGGCUGCAGGGACCUCCAGGAUCAGAUGUUUUGUAUUGUAGUGCUGGGCAUCCUGGAUCACAAGGAGUAAAAGGCAAAAUGGGUCCUCCAGGAAGAAGGGGCUCAAAAGGAGAAAAAGGAAACGCGGGGCUCUGUGCCUGCAAGCCCUGUCCCGUGGGCUCACCAGGCCCUCCAGGACUUCCCGGGAGGCCGGGUAGUAAGGGAGACUUGGGGCCCCCCGGAUGGCCUGGAGAAAAAGGUCACCCAGGCCCUCCUGGUGCUGAAGGAUCCGCAGGGCCACCAGGAAAACCUGGUGCCCCAGGACGACCCGGCAACAAAGGAGAAAAGGGUGACACGGUUGUAUCAAGAGUUAAAGGGCGCAAAGGAGAAAGAGGUCCUGAUGGCCCCCAAGGAUUUCCAGGGCAGCCAGGACAAGAUGGUUGGGAUGGACAUGCUGGAGAAACAGGGGAUCCAGGACUGCCAGGGGAUCAUGAAGACGCAAUCCCAGGUGAUCGAGGAUUUCCUGGACCGCCAGGCCCCCCUGGCAGAGAAGGACCCACGGGGCCUCCAGGACUGGGACUUCCUGGCCCACUGGGACAAAGGGGGCCUCCAGGAUCUCCGGGCUGCCCAGGAAAGAGGGGCCCUGAUGGCGUGAAGGGUCAGGAAGGUGAUACGAUUUCUUGUAAUGUCUCCUACCCUGGGAGGCCAGGCCCUCCAGGUUUUGAUGGACCUCCAGGUCCAAAGGGAUUUCCAGGCCCUCCAGGUCCUCCGGGGCUGUGUUUUGAUGGACAAAAAGGUCGGCGUGGCAAACCAGGAAUAUCAAAAAUACCUGGUCCACCUGGUUUUCGUGGUGACAUGGGAGAUCCAGGUUUUGAAGGUGAAAAGGGGUCCUCUCCUGUUGGGCCCCCAGGCCCUCCUGGUUCACCUGGAAGAAAUGGUCAGAAAGGAAUACCUGGGGACCCUGCUUAUGGCCACCCAGGACCCCCGGGAAAGAGGGGUCCUCCAGGAGUGCCAGGGUUGAAAGGAUCCCGAGGUGACCCAGGAUAUCCAGGGGCUGCAGGGCCACCUGGCAAGCCCGGAUCACCAGGUCUCAAAGGUCCCAAAGGCAGAGAGGGAAGUGCUGGGUUUCCAGGCAUCCCAGGUCCACCUGGCCAUUCCUGUGAAAGAGGUGCUCCCGGGUUACCAGGACAACCGGGACUCCCUGGGACUCCAGGCAGCCCAGGUGCCCCAGGUCAGAAAGGACAGCAAGGAGAUAUGGGACCUCCUGGACCGGUUGGAAUGAAGGGCCUCCCAGGAGUCCCAGGACGGCCAGGGCCAGAUGGACUCCCAGGACUCCCAGGAAUCCCAGGACCCUUUGGUGAUGAUGGACUACCUGGUCUUCCAGGCCCAAAGGGACCCCAGGGACUGCCUGGCCUCCCAGGUUUCCCAGGAGAGAGAGGAAAGCCCGGCCCCGAGGGACAGCCUGGCAGGAAGGGAGAAGCUGGAGAGAAGGGUUGGCCUGGCUUCCGGGGAGACCAGGGAAUGCGAGGUGUCAAAGGAGAGAGAGGACCCACAGGAGAUGCAGGAGAAAUAGCUCUAAUUUCCAAAAAGGGGAAACCCGGAGAAACUGGACCUCCUGGAGAUGACGGACUCCCAGGAAAAGAAGGUGAUAAAGGCAAUCCUGGGAUGCCAGGGAGGAGAGGAGAACCGGGAAGACACGGGCCACCUGGAUUUUACCGAGGAGAGCCUGGUGAAAAAGGGCGGCCAGGGCUUCCUGGACUCCCAGGCCCUCCAGGCUCACCAGGGCAGAGCGGGAUCAUUGGUUUUCCGGGAUUUCCAGGUGACCAGGGUGAGCCGGGGUCUCCAGGGCCUCCUGGAUUUCCAGGAAUUGAUGGAAUGAGAGGACCUAAAGGAAUCAAAGGUGACCCUGCAAGUCAGUUCAGCCCACCUGGUCCAAAGGGUGAGCCAGGUAGCCCUGGAUGUCCAGGGCAUUUUGGAGUCCCUGGAGACAAGGGCUUGCCUGGCAUUCAAGGACCCAAAGGACCACCAGGAAGACCAGGACAGCCUGGCUCCCCCGGACCCCCAGGGUGUCCAGGUAAUCCAGGGAUGCCUGGGCCAAUGGGACAUCCAGGAGAAAUGGGGGAUCCUGGACCAAGAGGCCUCAUGGGGUAUCCAGGGACACCUGGUCUCCCAGGAAUAAAAGGUCCCCCCGGGUUACCUGGCCUGGACGGCCUGCAUGGUUUAAAGGGCCAGAAAGGAACCAAAGGCGCUUCAGGCUGGAAUGCAAAGGGCCCACCUGGGCCAAUGGGAAUACCUGGGCUGAAAGGGGAGACGGGAGACCCCGGAAGCCCAGGAAUUUCUCCUCCAGGCCUUUUUGGAGAAAAAGGUCCCCCAGGUCCCCCAGGGAGACCUGGACCGCCUGGGCCUCCAGGUAUCAGAGGAAGGGCUCCUAAGGGUGACAUUCCUGAGCCGGGUCCACCUGGAGAUCAAGGACCUCCUGGCCCUGAUGGCCCAAGAGGAGCACCCGGGCCUCCAGGGCCCCCUGGGAGUGUUGACCUUCUGCGAGGGGAGCCGGGUGAUUAUGGUGAGCCGGGGCCUCCCGGUCCCAAGGGCCCGCCAGGCCCUCCAGGACGGAAAGGCUUCCCAGGAUGUGAUGGGCCACCUGGCCAGAAAGGACCAAUGGGAUUCCAGGGGCCGCAGGGGCCACAUGGACUUCCUGGGUCACCUGGAGAGAAGGGUUUACCUGGCCCUCCAGGCAGACAAGGGCCCCCUGGUCAUCCAGGAUUCAGAGGUGAACAAGGGCCCCCUGCAGAUGUGGAAGCCUGCCCCCGAAUCCCUGGGCUUCCUGGGGUACCAGGCCCACGAGGACCAGAAGGACCCAUGGGGUUCCCGGGAGUGAAAGGCCCCCCAGGAACAGGGUGCAAAGGAGAGCGCGGGCUGGAUGGCAGGAGGGGCAAGGAUGGCAUCCCAGGGCCCCCUGGACCGCCGGGACACAAAGGUGACAUGGGAGAAGCCGGCUGCCCUGGAGCACCAGGCCCUCCUGGGCCCAUUGGGGAUCCUGGGCCCAAAGGGUUUGGCCCUGGGUACCUCAGCGGCUUCCUCCUGGUUCUCCACAGUCAGACAGACGGAGAGCCCACCUGCCCCGCGGGCAUGCCCAGGCUCUGGACGGGUUACAGCCUGUUAUACCUGGAAGGGCAGGAGAGAGCUCACAGCCAAGACCUCGGUCUGGCGGGGUCUUGCCUCCCCGUGUUUAGCACGCUGCCCUUUGCCUACUGUAAUAUCCACCAAGUGUGCCACUACGCCCAGAGAAACGACAGAUCCUACUGGCUGGCCAGCGCUGCGCCCUUGCCCAUGAUGCCACUCUCGGAGGAGGAGAUCCGCCCGUACAUCAGCCGCUGUGCCGUGUGCGAGGCCCCGGCCCAGGCGGUGGCCGUGCACAGCCAGGACCAGUCCAUCCCCCCUUGUCCGCGUGCCUGGCGCAGCCUCUGGAUUGGGUACUCCUUCCUAAUGCACACUGGAGCUGGGGACCAAGGAGGAGGGCAGGCCCUCAUGUCACCUGGCAGCUGCCUGGAAGAUUUCAGAGCGGCCCCAUUCCUGGAAUGCCAAGGACGGCAAGGGACUUGCCACUUUUUUGCAAAUGAAUAUAGCUUCUGGCUGACCACGGUGAAUCCACACCUGCAGUUUGUCUCGGCACCAUCACCAGACACCUUAAAAGAAAGCCAGGCACAGCGUCAGAAAGUCAGCAGGUGCCAGGUCUGCGUGAAGAGUAGCUAGAGAACCCAAAACUUGCCAAUGUGCCGCCAAGAAAAACUUCCUAGGGGCCUAAGGCAUCCUAGGCUGUGCUACAAGAUUCAAUGGUGCUACUUUCAGACUCCAGGUAUAGCUGUUUCUUCUGUUUCAAUGUGGUUAUUCCCACAGUACUGUAAUCCUUUCCUCUGUUCUGGACGGAUUAAGCAAAGGCUACAUGUAUGGAUUGUUUGGCCCUACCAAUCUAAAUGAAACCCAGAUAUUCUUAUUUUAUUGAG